ACGACAACCUGAUCAGCUCUGAUCCGUAUAUGCAGUAUACGGUGUGAGUACGAGUGCCACGAGUUUAGGCUGGAUGUGGGCCGCUUGGGCGGACAGGGCAUCUGGUCGAGGCCAGGAUUGACUAUAAAGAUGUGCACUUCCAUCAAGAUUAGAAGCAACACAGCAAGAGCAUUUUCGCCUCCUCUCCAACACUUUCGCUUCACUUCAAAGCCUACUUCAGUCGCUUCGCAAGCAGCCCUAUCACAUCCAAAAUGCUCUUCUCAAACGCCCUCAUCCUCCUCACUUCGGCCUCCCUCGCCGUUGCUUUCCCAGGGGGUGAUGGAUACAAGACCACCACCAAGCCACCCCCGGUAUAUGACACCACUUGCUCUGCUGUGUACUCCACCAAGUCGGAAGUCUACGACAGCACCAAGUACAUCACAAGCACCGCCUAUGUGACCAAGCCCUGGACCGAGACCGUCUACGUGACGAAGACGGAGACCUACACCAAGCCCUACACCAGCACCGGUUACGUGACCAAGACCGAGACUGGCUACAAGACCGAGUACAAGACUAAGGUCUACCCAGUCACCUCCUACGUCACCAAGACGGAGAGCUAUGUCAAGACCACGACAAACCUCGUGACCAAGCCCACAACUUCCGUCGGCGCCGAGACCAAGACCAAGCUCAAGACCAAGACCGACACCAAGGUCUACACCAAGACCAAGUCGGAGCCCACGACCAUCACCAAGGUCGUCCCCUGCACCACCAGCAAGGUGAUCACCAGCACCAAGUGCUCCACCAAGGGCGGCUACGGCACCGGCUGGUAGAUGCCGCGUUGCGAAUGAGAAUGAAAAGUGCUGCUAGCGCACGCAUCUGCUUCAUAGUAUGUAUGGAUGAUAGAACGACACCAUGGCGUGCGGGGUGG